UACACCACACACAGCAGGGUGGUACCAAUCUCCGACAGCCUCCUCCGUAGAUCGCGGCGAAAAACCAACCGCCGUGUGCCGUGUGCCCGCCCCCGGAGGCAGUUCCUCACCACUUACAGCACUUCUCACCCACGCACCACACGGUUAUCAUGCUGGAGAAGGGCAAACAAUACAAAGACGCGAAAGCCUUGAAGGUACAUGUGGCGGCCCUGUUCGCGGGAGCUGGCCGUAGCUUUCAUUCCGGUAACGGAGGCGGCAGACAAAAGAAGCAUAUCUGCAAUGGCGCCAAAGGAAGAUGUCUGGCUGAAGUGCGCGCCUGCAAGCAGAGGUCGGGAGAGUUCAAGGUGACGUUCAUCAUCCCGGACCACAAUGACUGCUCUGGCGGCAAGGUCGGAGCGAGAUCGGCUGCGCUCGAGGGUUUCGCCAGUGCUGCCAUGGUCAGCAACCCGACCGUGAAGGGCACGGACCUGAAAAGGAGCCUAGAGCAGCAGACCGGGCUCAAAGUCAGCUACAGCGCGGCGUCACGCCUGAAGGUCGCGGCUACAAGGGCGUCGAAGGAGCAACUGGAGCACGGGUACCGCAUCAUGACCUCUUACUGCAAGGAACUGGUGAAGGACUGCCCGGGAUCGAUUGCGGUGGUGCAGAGGGAGACUACCGGCAGGUUCCGUAGUCUUUUCUUCAUGCUCGGGCGUGCUGCGUACGCUGCGGUGCGAAGCCCGAUCAAGGUCGUGGGAAUGGAUGGGGCACACCUCAAGGGAAAGUGGAACGGUCAGAUGCUGACGUUGACGUGCAAGGACGCCAACAACGAGAACAUCCACGUCGCGACGGCGAUCGGACCGGUCGAGAACACCGACCUCUACAAAACUUUGAUCAGAGGUUGCAAGAAGAACCCGAAAAUGAGGGACUUUCUGGAAGACUCCAAGACAACCUUCUACACCGACCAGCACAAGGGGGGGAAAUGUGCGUUGGAGGGCGAGGCUCCGCUGGCGCAGCACCGGAACUGCUGUUGAUGCACUCGCCGAUGCGCUGCGACUCCCUUGGGUGCAAUGUCAACACAUGGGUAUUCUUCGCCUCCAGAGCUCCCACGAAGAAACAGUGCGAGGACAUCCUGAAACACCACGUUCUACCGAGCAAGCCUGUGGCCUAUGCCCAGAUCAUGAACCUCUGGAAGAGGUCUGAGUGGGCUCACUCUGGUGCGCCCCCCGACACCGCCAUCCAAGACGUUGUCACGAACAACAUUUCGAAGCAAACCAACUCGUCGAUUGGUGUCGAGGUUAGGAAGCUACCGCCAUUCGAGAUGAUGAGGAGCAUACUCGCUGAUACCGCCAAGAAGUUCGCCCACCGUGCCACCCUCGGCAAUGGAGCAUGGACUCCCUAUGCUGCCGCGACGUUCGAAGACCAAAGGAAGAAGUCCGCCGGACUCAUCGCCUCCCCCACGGGCAACCAGUUCUACACGGUCGAGAACACCAAUCUCGCCACCCUCAACACCCGCGGCAACAGGGUCCUGCUGAGGUGGGGCGAGCCGGGGCAGAAGACAGAGUGGUCCUGCACAUGCGGGUUCCCCGCGAGGUUCCACAUCCCUUGCUGCGACGUCAUCGCCUUGGCUAGAUCGGAGGACAAGAUGGACGCUGUCAUGGCCCUGAUACAUCCGGCCUAUCGCCUACAAUACCACCGUCGGACCUACGGCGACGACGCGUACCAGGUCAUGCUGCCUGUGCCGUCCACGCUGGAGGAAGAUGACACGCUCCUACCUCCUUUCUGGGUGGCUGGUCAGGCUGGCGCUCCGAAAAAAAAUCCGGGCCGAAGAAGUACAAGAGGAUCCCUGGGCGCGGGGACAAGAACGCGUCGUCGUCGUUCAACAGGCGAGUUUCUGAACUCGGCCCGACUGCAUCCGGAAGCACGGCGGCCCCCUCUCUGUCGCAGGGGGGUGCCACGGCGGCUCCCUCUCUAGGAGUGCCACGGCGGCUCCCUCUUCGUCACAGGGGGGGCGUGCGGGCGGAUCGGUCAUUGUCGGGGGGAUGGUGAUCAACUUGGCACGCUGAGUGCCGGCCGCCGAAUGACGAUGUGUGUGUUGCCGUUUUUGUCCGUGUCACGUACUCCGCGAUGUUUUCUUUCUUUUCUUUUCGUGCCAACCCUGUCCAGUGAAGAAUCGGGGAUCGCGGGCCUUGACACUCGUCUACCCAACGACCAAAUGGGUGAUGACGAUAGUGAAUAAUGGUGGGCAGGGAGGUUUUAUUUCUUUUGCGCUUUCGUCUUUCUUUCGCUGUCGUGUUCCCUGCGGUAUGUUGGCUAAGUUUGGCAUGCAUGGCGUACGAAAAUGUGCUGACCCUUCCGCUUUGAUUGUGCAUCAUUGAUUUGGAUUGUGCAUCGUUGAUUUGGAGCACACACCCUCUGCUGAGUAGGAACGUCCGGGUACACGUUGCUGCUACGCAAGGGAAAUAAACGAGCGUGUCGUGUUGAUAUGUAGAUGCUGGAAGAGGCCCCUUAAUUUUGGUGUGGCAUUCGAGGUCCUUUUGGAGUCCUUUUGAGGGGGGGGUGAGGGGGGCGGGGCGGCCACCGCGUUCCUUUGAGAGAGACGCGUGUUCUCAAGACCAUUUCUUGUUUAUUUCCGACUUUUUUCUCUCUCUCUCUCAUGAUUCGCAUGUUUUUGGGAAAACCGACGCGCAAGUGUUGAAUCGAGACGAAGUAAUGACUGCUGUGUUGCCACAACGCCAAGUUCAUACGAUGUAUGACUGAAAACCUAGUCUGCUAAGGUCAUCCAUGCAUGAUGGGUCCUUUUCGGAGGAUUCCUGAGAGAGGAACACGUGAACGCAGCAUGCGUCAAACACCUUGUCUGUAUGGACUCUUUA